UCCUCUGAAGGUUUCCGAGUCUGCCGAGGAGCUAAUGAAGCCGAAGUGUAAAUGACGAAGUGCCUUUAGACAACAUGCUGGAAGCGGAGACUCGGACGCCUCGUGUGACUCGACUGAGCCCGACACAGCCGGCCCUCGCCGACCAGGCCAGCAGGGUGUCCUUCGCGUCAGCUGAGAAUCUGGAGACCAUGUCGGAGCCAGACAUCCCCAUCGGAUUUAACCGGAUGAACCGGCUUCGUCAGAGCCUGCCGCUGGCCCGGUCGUCCAGCCAGGCCAAGCUGCGAGCACCAGGGAUCUUGUUCCUCCAGCUGGGGGAGGAAACCCGCCGGGUCCACCUGACCCACGAGCUGACCAGCCUGGACACUCUGAGGGCGCUGAUCGUGCACAUGUUCCCCCAGAGGCUCACCAUGGCCAUGCUCAGGUCUCCCAGCACGGCGCUGCUGAUCAAAGACGAGACCCGGAACGUCUUCUACGAGCUGGAGGACCCGCGGGACGUUCAGGACCGCUGCGUGAUCAAGAUUUACUGCAAGGAGCCCAUCUACGGCACCUACCCCGGACACCACAACCCCCACCUGGCCAACGGGGACCUCAGAAGGGAGAUGGUGUACGCGCCCCAGGACUCUCCACCCAACCGCCGCCUGAGCAACCCGCCCAUGUCUUCCCAGCAUUCGUCCGCCUCCGCCUCGCCUCCUCAGGGCUCGCCGUCUCGAGCCCGCCUGCUGUACAGCGGCGGCCGGCCUUCUUCCUACGCCGGGCCUCCCCACCACACCCACUCCCUGCCCCACCCGCACUCCCAGUCCCACCACUCCUCUCCCCACCAGCAGCCUCAGCUCCACCAGCCCCACCACACCCAGCCGGCCUUCUGCGCCUCCUCCAGCGCCAUACUGGAGCGCAGGGAUGUGAAGCCCGACGAUGAAGUGGGGGGAUCCAGGAGCAUGGUGCUGCUGCGGGGAGAUGAGCGCGGGGGAGGUGGGAUCUACGCGGACCCCUACUCCCUGGGCCCGGACACGAGUCGGCUGAGUCUGGCCGGAGGUCCUCACUCUCCUCUGCCGGCCCGAGCCGACCCCUACGGCUCCUUGUACCGCCGGGGAGGAGGUGGAGGAGGAGGCGGCGCCGGAUCGGUCCGUUCGCUCACUUCCUAUUCUGCAGCUGCUUUACAAGGAGAGCUGAUGGAAAGCGGCGCCCUCUACAGGCCGGGGGGUCCGCUUUAUAACGACGCCUACGCUGCGUCGGUGCUGGCCAUGGGGCUGCGAGUGCCGCCGCCGUCCUCCCCGCAGAAGAUACCCGACGUGAGGGAUCCCUACGGAGGCACCAUGCCCGCUCGGGGCUCCCCUGGCAGGCAGAGUUUACGAAGAGACUCUGUGAGCUCCUCUGUGUUUGGAGACAGUCCCAAAGCCCGGGGCCAGGGUCCGGGGUUAGGUCUCACCUCGGAGCAGCUCUGCCUGAUGGCUGGAGGCGAGGGAGGUGGCCCUGGAGGCUUCGGUUCACCUCUGCUGGGGAACGAGACCGAGACCAGGGAGCGGAUGGAGGCCAUGGAGAAGCAGAUCGCCAGUCUGACCGGGCUGCUGCAGAGAGUCCUGAGCAGAGCGCCGGAGGCAGAAAGCCCGGAGAAGAUUGAGUCAGCCAGUGACUGCUCGGGAACUGACACUGGACGCGCUAAAAAAAAGAAAGCUUUGACACCGUCGGCCCCGCUGGCCCUGAUGCCACCUCCACCCUCGGGGCCCAACCAGCCGGUACCGGUGUCACGUCUGCAGAUGCAGCUCCACCUACAGGGCCUGCAGCAGAACACCAACGCUCUGCGCAAACAACUCUCGCAGCUGCGCAACAUGCAGCUGGAGAACCAGGACUCGGUUCUGUCCCUGCUGAGGCAGACGGAGUCAGAGCUGAGCCUCAUGAUGCUGGACGCCAUGCGGACCCAGGAGGACCCGCUCCAGAGACAGCGCCUCCUGGUGGAGGAGGAGAGACUCAAGUACCUCAACCAGGAGGAGCUGCUCAUCCAGCAGCUGCACGACCUGGAGAAAUCUGUGGAGGAGCUGCAGAGGAACUCGUCGGUCAACCACGGCCUGGUGACGGAGCAGGACGUGGAGCAGAAGAGCAAAGAGCUGAGGAUGCUGGGAGAGACGCUCACCGAGCUCAAGAACCAGUUUCCCAGCCUGCAGAGUAAGAUGCGGGUGGUGUUGAGGGUGGAGGUGGAAGCUGUGAAGUUCCUGAAAGAGGAGCCUCACCGCCUGGACGCCCUGCUGAAGCGCUGCAACACCAUGACUGAUGCUCUCAGCACGCUGCGCAGACAAGUGACUGAGGGCGUGUGGAAGAGCCCCGAAGACGUCUCCAGCCAGCAGAAGAGAUCCGAGGACCUCGACAUCCUGAACAGCCCUCCGCUCAGCCUCACCGACCUCAGCACCAGCGCCGGCCUCGCCAACUGGAUGCCCGUUACGGCCGGCGACGGCGACGCCUCGGGCCCCGAGCAGGACAACCAGCCCCCCAUGACCUUCAGGAACCGAGUCCUGGACGAGCUGCCGAGCCGACGCCCCGCCGACAAAUCCGUGUCGGCCGAAGUCAGACUGGCGGCCGAGCGGGACUGGGAGGAGAAGCGAGCCAGCUUGACCCAGUUCAGCGCUCAGGACAUCAACCGGCUGCUGGAGGAGACCCAGGCCGAGCUGAUGAAGGCCAUCCCGGACCUGGACUUCGCCGCCAGGCACAUAAACAAGCCGGCGGUGCCCCCCAAGCCCCAGAUCACCAUCCCAAUAACCUCCACCACGGGCUCGUCCCCCGCGGCUGGGAGCACUGGGAGCCCCGCCGCCACCACCACCACCACCACCACCACGCCCAGCGGAGACCCGCAGCCCGGCAAAGUGCAGCUGGCGGCCCAGAAGCUCAACAGCAUGGAGGGGGGCGGUUCGCAUCGAGGGUCGGUGGACCUCAGCGUGGCCAGAUACCGAACAGAGAAACCCUCCAAGUCUCCUCCUCCACCUCCUCCUCGCCGAAGCUUCCCGUCGGCUCACGGACUCACCACCAACCGGACCGGAGAGGUCAUCGUCACCAACAAGAACCUGAAGAUGGAAGAAGACGGCGAUUUGCCUAAAACUCUGGUGAAGCUGCGACGGACCCCCUCGGACACGCCCCGGCCGGCCUCCACCCCCCCAGUGAUCGCGGCGUCGGCGAUUCAAGACGAAGACGACGAAGAGAAGAUCAUCGCUGAGCUGGAGAACAGCAGCAACUCUCCGGGUCCGACGAAGGGUCCGACCGUCGCGGCCCGGCUCAAACACCUCCAGCAAGGCAGCCUGGAGAGGCCCAAGACCCGCAAGCAGAAAGAGGAUUUCCCCAAAGUCCAGGGCCAGCAGCAGGUAUUCCACUUCUAA